CGCAGGUAGUGACAGCAGAGCUGACAGUUCGCCCGCUUAUUCCAGAUAUGAUACGUGAAAGGUCAGUCCAAUAUUCGCACUGUGUCAGCCGAUUUUAGUACUCAGUUUGGAAAUUAUAUAGCCAUCAAAUUCAUGUGAAGACGAAGAAUGAGUCAAGUGACCCCCGAACGCCUUGUUUAUGACUAUAACGAGCUCAGCAGUGUGCACGCCCGAGUUGUAGUAGAAUUGUUACGAGUUCAAAGCAAUUUAUCCACUUGUAAUGCAAAGCUCCUUGCGAUCGAACAGCGACUUGACGAAACAUCUUCCACUGGUUAUUUUAUCUUGACCUUUGUCGUUCUGCCGCUGUGUACGGCAUUUUUUGCCAACCUUCUAGCGCCGGCUUUUCAACGGUUUAUCGAUUAUUGCAUACGGCGAUGGCGAAAUUCUGGAUCUACCACUAAUCAGCUGAUUAUGAUAAUUGAUAUUGCAAUGGCUGACCCGGAAUUCGCUUUAAUGGUUGAUGACACUUACCAUUAUUUUGUAUGUGCGACGCGUGAAGCGACACCUGCUGAAACAAUUGUGAGCAUGCAUACGGAAAGUGUCACCCCGGUAAUGGCUCAGUGGAACAAUGGCCAUGGGGAGGCGCGACCGAUAUCACGGCCCUCAGUCCCCAAAACGACAUUGGAGAUUAUAAAAAAAACGGCACAAGAGCAAGAGUCCCUCCGGACAAUUCUGGUGACAGCUCAGGUGCUGUACAAAUGGUGCCAAAUCGCCUCUUCUGGAAGCUUGCCUACCAUUACCGCUUUUACGCGGACAUACGGCCGUGCCCUAAAGGAACUGAAUGCGCGAAUUGCGCGACCGUGAAUGCUGAUCUACAAAUUAAUAUUGUCUCUUUACCUGGC